UAUGUUUCUCCUAACUUAUGGUACAUAUACAGGUACGUAAGAAAUAAAAACUGAACCCGAUGAGAUGAGGUAACAGUGUAGGUGCUUGAAGGGAUUGUGUUUCCUGAAAGAAUGAAAAGUAAAGAAAAUCGUCUUGUUUUUUUAAAUAGAGAGUAAAGACCAACGUUUUCAUGGGAUAAAAUAAACAUCUUCCACCCAAAUAAAUUGUCUUAAAGAGGCGUAAUAUUACAUACAGACUGAAGAUUUCAUUUUGAAACAGACUAAACAUGCUGAUUUUUAAUUAAUUGAUUCAAAGUCUAACAAACUUCCCAGACCUCCGUCAUAACCAGGUUCAAAAUGAACCUGAAGCUAUAUACUGUACAUUCCCUGGAAAAAGACAAUGAGGUCAAAGCAGAUUAAAACUUUAAUAUGCAAUUUGGUGGAUGAAUAAAAAGCACUUUCACAGAGCUUUAAAGCAUCUGUAGGAAUUUAUUGAAUCAUAAAAGUUGCAUUUCUGCAACAGGUUAUCCAAACAAACUGUUUGCUAGUAUCUUUCCUCCACCAGUGUUACUUCAUGAGUAGGGGAAAAGCUCUUAAACAGGAGGAACCUAGGCUUUAGGAAUGUGCUUGUGUCUGUACUCAGCCCAUUAAAUCCUAAAGUCCUCACUGAGCUCAGAUCCAAAGUGAGGUUACUUUGGGGAACUCCUGCAUUUGACCAAAAUAGGAAACACUUUCACAAGAAAUGCCUGUUAUAGAAGAGGGGACCACACAUACAGAAACCGAGUAUAUCCUAUUUCAAUGGUUAUUUACACAGAGACACGUAUGCUGAAGCAUACCGGAGUCACGUUUUUGUUUUAUAAACUAUAUUAUUUUCUACUGCUAUUAAAGCAUAGUGCCCUUUUCAGGGACUUACAAAUAAAAGCUGACAACAAAGUUAAGGUGGAUUUGAUACAAAAGUCUUUCGCUUAUAAUCGACCAGUUGAGUGCCCUCCCACAGUGAUGAAAGAUAAAUACUAGCAGAGGCGCUCCUCCAAAAAACGCGCAAUUCCAUCCCACACAGCUGCGUAAAAUUAUGCAAUUAUAGCCUAUGUUGUGCGUUUUAUGUGGAGUCACAGGUUUUCGAGCAACGAUGUCUGAAGAGAUGUCAUGCGUUUACUUAUAGGCUCAUAUUUACGUAUGUUUGGUCAGUAGGCGAUAUGGCAGAGCUGUGUGCGGUGCUGAGGAGGCAGGAGAUGACUGCUGCCCCCCUCACUUCUCCACUGAGCCCUCAGGAGAGUGGAGUGAGGACUGCAUGGGGACGGCUGCGUAGUGAUCAGUUUUCUCUGAUAAAACAUCUCAGUAGUGAUUUGGAAACGAAAUUGCAAACAUGCAGUUUAACUAUGCAGACUUGGGACAUUUAGUUUUGUGUAUGUUUAGUAAAGCUCUUCCGUGAGUUGCAGUUACAAGUGAUCUGAAGCCUGCUAUGGAGGACCUCUUGAGUCAAAAUGAGUCUGAGCACUGACAAUGUCACAAACUUGUGGAAAAAUGGUUCCUCGGAAUUCGGCGGGACUCCGGGCACGUCCUCCCCGGUCAACUUCACCAACAGCUCCGGGGGGAACUACACUGAGGUGGACCUCACCAGAGCCAUCCCGCUCGGCAUGGUGCUGGGGGCUUUCAUCGUGUUCGCCAUCGCGGGCAACAUCCUCGUCAUCCUCUCGGUGGUGUGCAACAGGCACCUGCGGACACCGACGAACUACUUUAUUAUCAACCUGGCCAUCGCCGACCUGCUGCUGGGCACCACGGUGCUGCCGGUGUCCGCCACUCUGGAGAUCUUAGACUACUGGGUGUUCGGCAGGAUCUUCUGUGACAUUUGGGCGGCGGUUGAUGUGCUGUGCUGCACCGCGUCCAUCAUGAGCCUGUGCGUAAUAUCCAUCGACCGCUUCAUCGGAGUGAGCCACCCGCUGCAGUACCCUGGCAUCGUGACGGAGAAGCGGGCUCUGCUGGCCAUGCUCGGGGUGUGGGUGCUGUCAGUGGUAAUUUCCAUCGGACCUUUGUUCGGGUGGAAGCAACCGCCUUCGCCGGACGACACGGUGUGCCCCAUCACCGAGGAGCCAUUUUACGCACUCUUCUCCUCCCUCGGCUCCUUCUACAUCCCUCUCAUAGUCAUUUUGGUCAUGUACUGCCGGGUGUACAUAGUCGCCAAACGGACCACUAAGAACCUGGAAGCCGGUGUGAUGCGCGAGAGGAUGAACUCCGGUGAGCUGACCCUCAGGAUCCACAAGGGUUCUCAGGUGCAAGAGGAGCCCUGCACUUCAGCCGCAGGCAAGGGCCGCGCGAAUCAAGCGAGAAGUUCCCUUACGGUGAAACUUCUGAAAUUCUCCCGAGAGAAGAAAGCGGCAAAAACUUUGGGAGUUGUGGUCGGCAUGUUUACGCUUUGUUGGCUGCCCUUCUUCCUCGCCUUACCCAUAGGGUCUUUUAAUGUGAACUUGCGCCCACCUGAUGUCCUCUUCAAAGUGAUCUUCUGGCUGGGCUACUUCAACAGCUGCCUGAACCCCAUCAUCUACCCCUGCUACAACCGUGAGUUUAAGAUGGCCUUCAUCCGCAUCCUACGAUGCCAGUGGCACCAACGUAAACGCCCUGGAUGGAGGGCCUACAAUUACCGCUCCUCCAACAUCAGCUCCUCCGGAAACUCACGCAAAGGCUCAACAGAUCACAACUCCAGCUGCUUGAACGGCAGCCAGCGUACUCUGCCCUCCUCAGCCAGCCCGAGCCCCAGCUACCUGAGCAGGGGUCUCCCACCUUGCCCUGAAGGGGAAACAUUAUACAUCUGGGGGGGCUCCACACCAACUCCCUCCACGCCCAACCUGCUGCCUGGCAGCCCCGCAGACUGCCAGCUGGGAGCUCUGAGAGAGGAGGGAAGAGGAGGGAAACCAGCUGAGAAGACUACUGGUGGUAUUUUCUCUUUCUCCUUUGGAAGGAAUAGAGACAAGGGAGAGAACAACAAAGACAGCAUGUUGCGAGACGACAAGGUGUGACUGCUGCUGAGUCUCGCUGACGUGCAGCUCGCUCGUUCUUUAUAGGGAUUAAAGUCACUAACAGAGUGUGGAUGUAGGAGUUCACAGGUUCGCUGCAUUCACUGUACAUGAUCAUUCAUCAGUCAAUGGAUUGUCGUUGUCAUUAGUGGUCAAUUUAAGGUGAAGGUAACUGAGUAUUGACUAUGCUGCUGUAUCAGAGGUAUUUUGUCCUAUUUAUCUGUGGUUGAUUUAGACAGGAAGGUUUCUUUCAAUGGACAGAGGUUUACAUAUAUAAUCAAAAUCACUGCUCGCCGCCCUCUUUGGGACGGGAAAGACACCAGUGCAUGCAUUUUGAUUAUACACAAAAGACAUUUCACAGAAAAAGGACACAUUUUCAGAAACCCAACACAGCCUUCCAUUAAAAAAAAAAAUCCACGUCUGCCCUUCUAAAAAGACUGACAAAGAAGCUGAUUCAUGUAAAAUGUGUGAUAAUACAAAUGAUCC